AUGUCUUUAUUGAAGAAGGACUAUGAGCAUCUCAGAGAAGAGGAACCGCUUAAAGGUGCGGUCGACUACAAUGAGACCGCAGGUGCUGAAGACUCGGCCACCACAACGUCCACUUCUAACGUUGAAGAUGAAGAGUUUAAUAAUCAGUAUAGAACAUGCACUUGGCAGCAUACAGCUGGACUGAUGUUGUCGGAAUACAUUGUAUUGGCGAUUAUGUCUUUUCCAUGGUCUUACUCUGUCUUAGGGCUUGUCCCCGGUUUGAUAUUGACUGUUUUCGUCGCCGCAACAGUUUUAUACACUGGUCUAAUUAUAGCGGACUUUUGUGAAAAGUUUCCACAUCUGAAAAAUGUUUGUGAUAUUGGACAAUAUUUAUUUGGGGGGUUCAGAUGGGCAUGGUAUGCUACAGCGUUUUGCUUUUUGGCCAACAACAUUCUCAUUCAAGGUUUACACGUUCUCGUGGGUGCUAAAUAUCUAAAUACCAUUACCAAUCACUCUAUCUGUUCUGUUGGAUUCGCCGGUAUAGUAGCUGGUAUUUCCUUGUUGUUUUCGUUACCGAGAACUUUCUCUUCGAUGUCAAUCGUGGGCUAUAUAUCUGCAGUCACAAUGUUUAUCGCCGUUAUUUUGGCAAUGAUUUUUGCCGGUGUUCAAUCUCAUCCUGACAAGUACGAUGGUACCCCAGUCGUUUUUCGGGCAUUUCCGGCCGAAGGGACCUCAUUCGUUGACGGUAUGAGCGCAUUUCUCAACAUUGUGUAUACUUUUGUGGGACAAAUCACUUAUCCGCAAUUUAUUUCCGAAAUGAAGAAUCCUAAAGAAUUUAAAAAAGUCUUAUGGAUUGUGACGCUUUGCGAAGUCAUUAUAUUUUCGUUGGCAGGGUCCAUAAUGUACGUUUACGUUGGAAACGCUUAUAUGACAGCUCCGGCCUUUGGGUCUCUAAGGCGCGCAUUUAAGAUUAUUUCAUUCUCUUUUGCUAUCCCGACAAUUGUUUUUGUGGGUGCUUUAUAUGCAAAUAUUUCCGCAAAAUUCGUUUUUUUCAAUAUAUUCGAUCAGAACUCGAAACAUCGUUAUUCCAAUUCCAAAACCAGCUGGGUCAUCUGGAUUGUAUUGUUAUUAUGCACUUGGAUUGGUGCCUUUAUCAUUGCUGAAGUCAUUCCAUUCUUCUCAGACCUUUUAUCCCUGAUGUCGUCUCUGUUCGAUUGUUGGUUCGGAUUCGUCUUUUGGGGAUUGGCUUACAUCAAGCUAAGAAAAUUGAAAUAUGGCUCUGAAUUCAGUUUUUCUCGUUUGGCCUUCAGUGAAAAAUUAAAUUAUCUACUAUCAAUUGGCCUGAUAGGAACUGGUCUAUAUAUUUUAGGCCCUGGUUUGUAUGCUUCGAUUCAAAGUAUUAUAACCAACUACCAACUUGAUGCCUAUGGUACGGUAUUUAGUUGCGCUUCUAACGGUAUCUAA